AUAACUGUAUGUUUAGUCCACAGUCGUCUUACUUACGCAAAUUAUGAUCGGAUUGAGGAGGUUAUCAAGCAGCAGUAGCGUAUCCAACUAUUUUCAUCAUUCAAUGAAGAGAUUUCUUUGUGCUGCAAGUUCGCUGGAUGCAUUAAUAAACGUCGAAAUACUUUAUUCGAUAUGUAAUAUAUACCCUUAUUAAGUAUUCGAUUGUAAAUUAAUAACUUCUUAUCCAUAUAUGCUAUAUGUUCCAUAUGUGAAAUAUCCUUAUCAAUGCGAUUCCACGUCGAAUAAACAUGUUAUACAUCAUCCAUUUGUUUAUAAAAAAAUUAUACCAGUUUAUCGAAGUUUAUCACGUAUUCUACGAUUUCAUAAGUCUGCUACAACUAUGGUAAGAUAAAAUACCUAACUGCGGGAAAGAUUUCAGUAUGUUAUACACUUUGGUCGCGUCAAUAGCACUGGUUUAAUAAUUGUCAACACAAAAUCGUGCGCUGAUAAGAGUUCUGACAAGCACGCAACGCGCAAGUGGAAGUUAAAGUUUCUAGUUUCUUUUAGAAAAUUUAAAAAAGGAAAUCGAAAUGCAAAGCGAAUGGAAUCAAUUGGCUGUUCGCAAGUACCCACCAAAGAUACUUCAAACCAAACUGCAGUUACCGAUAAAAACUUUAACGGGCCCCGGACCGACUAAUUGUUCGAAGCGAGUUCUUCAAUCUCUUCAGAAUCAAAUUAUAGGCCACCUUCAUCCGGAAAUUUGUCAGUUGAUGGAUGAGGUUAAGGAAGGUUUACAAUACAUAUUUCAAACUAAUAAUAGACUCACUUUGGCGUUAAGUGCGUCAGGUCAUGGCGGUAUGCAGGCGUGCUUAACAAAUUUACUUGAACCUGGAGAAACUGUGCUCAUUGUCAAGCAUGGAAUUUGGGGUAAAAGAGCGGCUGACAUGGCUACUAGAAUUGGUGCAAAUGUAAAACUGAUAGAAAAAGAACACACUAUUGCUGUUACGUUGAAACAAUUGGAAACAGCUUUGCAAGUGUACAAUCCAGUCGCGGUAUUCAUGGUACACGCUGAAACCUCCACUGGUUUAAAACAACCAUUAGAAGGGUUUGGCGAUCUUGUUCACAGAUACAAUGCUCUUCUUAUCGUUGAUACUGUUGCGUCACUGUGCGGAGAACCGUUCUUUAUGGAUUCUUGGGGCAUCGAUGCAGUUUAUUCAGGCAGUCAAAAAGUUCUCGGCGCCCCUCCAGGAUUAGCACCUAUUUCGUUUAGUCCACGAGCUGAGAAGAAAUUGUUUCAAAGGAAGACCAAGCCUAUGUCCUAUUACUUGGAUAUGACCCUUCUCGGAAAUUAUUGGAAGUGUUUUGGGAACGAGAAUCGCCUGUAUCAUCACACCAUAAGCGCUACGCUUAUUUAUGGUCUUCGCGAAGCGUUGGCGGAAAUCGCUGACGAGGGCCUGCAAGCAUCUUGGAUCAGACACGCUGGCGCAGCUGCCAGAUUAAGAAAGGGUCUUGAAUUACGGCAUCUUCGAUCUUAUGUGAAAAUUCCACAGUAUCAAUUAUCUACGGUUAUCUUGAUAGAACUGCCACCUGGCGUCGAUGAUAGGAUCAUUGUACAACGUUGCAUGCAAAAGUACAAAGUGGAAAUCAGCAGAGGUUUAGGACCGACUGAAGGCAAAAUUUUGCGAAUUGGAUUGCUAGGGAUUAAUGCUACGCCUAACAAGGUCGACCUUAUUUUGCGUGCUCUAGAUGAUGCUUUGAGAUACGUGUCACAAUCGAAGCUAUAGAACAUAAAGAAAAGUUACUAUUACGUCUCCUUGGAUUGUGAAUUCGAGGUGUCCAUCAUGUUCGAUUAUUGUGUAUAACAACUAUUAGUGUAUUAUACGUUUUAAUUGUCUAUUAUAUUCUCUGUAUCAAACAUAACGCAAAUUUUAACUAACUUACUAAACUUACUUAAUUACUUGCAAUUUUUUGAUAUUAUACUGGAAAUUAUUUUUAAUGUAAUAAGGUUUUAUUAGAAAUGCACAGACAAAGCUAAGACGGACAUAUUAUUCUGAAUAUUACUAUCUAUAUUAUAUGAAGCUUUGCAACUCUCAUGUUCACCGCUGUUUGACUGGUUCAAGCACAAUAGGCGCCUUACCAACGCUAAUGUUAAAUGCAUGUAAUCUGUAAUGUUAUGUCUUUCAAUCAAUAACACAGAUGCACAAACAAGACUCAAUCAAAUGUAUUUGUUUAUUAAUGGAAAUACUGAAAUCGGCAUACAAUUACCUCUAAUAUAAUUAUUUACUUAUGUUCAGUUAUACGUUUUAUUGCAUUAAUUAGCAAUAUCAACAAUUGGUUACACGCGUCUCUCUCAUUCUCACAUUUGCUUUCGUUCUCUCUCUGACUUGUUUUCGUCGAAUAAUAAUACACGUACACGUACAAUCAUGUACCUGUAAUGCAAUUACAACAAGCUUGUCGAAAUAACAAAUGAUUCUAGCGGAUUAACGAUUAAUUACGAAUUAAUUGACAAUCGUUUUGGCAUAGUACAAAAUAUCACCAUCUUCUAAAUAUACAAGAUUAACGAUUCGUAUUAACAAAUGAACAAUUCCAACUGAUCGUGUACCACAUUUAAAUUGAACUUUCAAAAAAUAGACUUGGUUUUAUCAACGAUAUUUUACACUUAAUUUACUAUCAGAUGUAUUGUCUGAAUGUACUGUCUAUCCACUAGACAGAUUCCGUACUGAUCGCUUCGAUUGUUAAUUAAAACUUAUUAAGGCACUAUAAAAACGCGUUGUCUCCGCGAUUCUUACAUAAUAAUUUACAUACAUUUACAAAUUGACAUUAUCGCAUGACAUCCAUCUAAGAGAUGUAUAUAUCUAUAGAUUUAUAUAUUCGAUUAUUCAUCUAUACAAUCAUACAUCGAAUAUGAUAUGCUCCGCCAUUUAUUCAAUUUAUUAAUUUCGGUAUUGAUUGUAAUAAAGCUCGAUUAUUUAAUAUGGAUGGCAAAAAAAUCGGCAUGUUUCUAUUAAUUAACAAAAUAAGAAAAAAGAAAUAAUGCGAGCUUAAUGUAUUCUCAGGACGAUAUAGUAUUACGAUACAGGACGAGUACAGAUGACUUUAAAUAAUUGUGAAAAUAAUAUUUAUAUAUAAUGGCAAUAAUAAUAAAAUAGAAUAAAAUAAUGUUAAUGUUAAUAAUAAUAAGCAUCAUUGAUAUUGUCGAAAAGUUUGAUGACGCAUGAAGAUUCUAUAUAAUUAUAUAUAAAUAUUAUUAAUAAUAAAGAAUAGUCGCAAUAUUAAUAGCUCGUUUAUAGUAGUCGUCGUGAUUCUCAUUACAUAUUAUAUAUAUACGCCUAUGUACAAAAAACAUUGACAAUCGAUCACCGUUAAGGGUUUUAUAAUCAAUUAAAUAUAUGCACGUUAACAAUUAUUAAGGCAUGGAUAGUCUCGAAUGUUCACAAAGUUUCUCACAUAUCAAACGCUCCAAAUCUGUUCGGUAUCGGGCUACAUUACCGUUCAGCUGUCGUAGCACCAAGAAAGGUGGUGUUCGUGUCGCACGGAGUAACUUCUAAUCGUUCCCACUGGAUCAAGACUGCCAUUUACCCUCUAAAAAUUGCUCUACGUAUAUCUACCUUACAAUGAGAGCCGCAUUGAACGAAUAGAAUUCCUAAAGAAAUAUUCUAGUAUCUGUCCAUCGUGAAAUAUUUUCAUAUUUUGUAAAAAUAUUGUGAAUUAUAAGAACAAAAAUCUAGUUUGUCAUAUAAAAUAAACAUCCUUUUUACAAUUAUGAGUUAAUUUGGAUUAUCAUAGAAGAAAA